AUGUCGGCGCCAGCGACGCCAGGAACGCCGGCGCCGCUGAUGUCUUCUCUGCGCAUAGAUUCGCUGUCUUAUGAUCGAAAAUCAAUGCCGCGAUGCAAGUGCCUUCCAGUUGAUGCACCCACUUGGGGUACACCACAUACCUGCAGCCUCACCAAUUUCUCCGUGCCUGACAUCUCUCUUACUCGCAAGCUGGGAGCAGAGUUUGUUGGGACAUUUAUCCUGAUAUUUGCUGCAACGGCCGGACCAAUCGUAAACCAAAAGUACAAUCAAGCCGAAACACUUAUAGGCAAUGCAGCAUGUGCUGGUCUUGCCGUUAUGAUAGUGAUUUUAUCUACAGGUCACAUCUCGGGAGCUCAUCUUAACCCGUCUCUCACUAUUGCCUUUGCUACACUUCGCCACUUCCCAUGGGCUCACGUACCGGCCUACAUAGCAGCACAGGUUUCGGCCUCCAUUUGUGCUUCCUUUGCACUCAAAGGUGUUUUCCAUCCUUUCAUGUCCGGUGGUGUUACCGUCCCUUCUGUCAGCACUGGCCAGGCUUUCGCCCUUGAAUUUCUUAUAACCUUCAAUCUGCUAUUCGUGGUUACUGCUGUUGCUACUGAUACCCGCGCUGUUGGAGAAUUAGCAGGCAUAGCAGUUGGAGCCACCGUUAUGCUUAAUAUUCUUGUUGCGGGACCAUCGAGUGGUGGCUCAAUGAAUCCUGUCCGAACUCUUGGACCAGCAGUUGCUGCAGGAAAUUACAAGGCGGUAUGGGUAUACCUUGUGGCACCUACACUUGGAGCUGUUGCAGGGGCAGGUAUUUAUACUCUCGUUAAGCUUAACGGAGAAGAGGAAGAAGCCCCACGCCAGGUGAGGAGUUUCCGUCGCUAG